ACGGUUUAAUCACAGGGUUCUUGGGUCUCUCACCUACAGGAUGAAAACUCUUGUCUUGUUUUUGUGGAGAUUCGGAUAAAGACGUCCUUUUAGUUUUUUCUUUAGAUACUCAAACUGUCACGGUAACAUUGAUUCAGUCGCUGGCAGACGGUCUUUACUCUGCGAUCUGAGAGAAGUAGGAAAGUGGAGAAGCCCAGAAGUGGGGUAGGAGGACUUCAGAUUUUUGUUUGCUGGAGCUCAAGUGUCACCAUGAGCCGAGCCGGGACCUCGUCACUGUUCUCCACCUAUCAGCUGCUUUUCUUGUUGACCAUCAUCUCAAUUAAUAUUCCAUAUUCUGCAGCAGGAGGCUCUACUCUAACUCUGAAUUCCAACAACACACUCAGCAACCGCACCACAUGUGGAGGAGUGACCGUCUGCAUUGAAGGUGUAAUCCUGCCAAUAUGGACGCCACAAAACCCAGUCUUCACUGACCGCCUUGCCAGAGCCACCAUUUACUUUGUGGGGUUAGCGUAUAUGUUCUUGGGUGUCUCCAUCAUUGCUGACCGCUUCAUGGCGUCCAUCGAGGUCAUCACCUCCCAGGAGAGACAGAUCACCAUCAAGAAACCAAACGGUGAGAAGAUCACCACGACAGUGCGCAUCUGGAACGAGACAGUGUCCAAUCUGACCCUAAUGGCACUGGGUUCCUCUGCCCCAGAAAUCCUCCUGUCAGUUGUGGAGGUUUGUGGUCAUGGCUUUAACGCAGGUGAACUGGGCCCCAACACCAUUGUAGGAAGUGCCGCCUUCAACAUGUUUGUCAUCAUUGGCCUUUGUGUAUCUGUUAUUCCUGAAGGAGAGACCAGAAAGGUGAAGCACCUCAGGGUGUUUUUCGUUACCGCCACCUGGAGCGUCUUUGCAUACACCUGGCUUUACCUGAUCCUGGCCGUCAUUUCUCCAGGUGUCGUUGAGAUAUGGGAGGGGCUGCUCACACUCUUCUUCUUCCCCAUUUGUGUUGGAUUGGCUUACGUGGCUGACCGCAGACUUCUUUUCUACAAAUACAUGUACAAACGAUACAGAGCAGGGAAGCGGAAAGGAGUGAUCAUCGAAACAGAGGGAGAACCAGAGCUUCCCUCGAAGGUUGACAUUGAAAUGGAUGGGAAAAUGCUCAAUUCCCAUGGAGAAGAGACAGGGUAUGAUUUUAAGGAGCUGGACGAGGAUGAGGCCCGCAGAGAGGUGGCCAGGAUCCUGAAGGAUCUGAAACAGAAACAUCCUGAGAAGGAGAUGGAGCAGUUGAUGGAGCUUGCGAAUUACCAAGUUUUAACCCAGCAACAGAAGAGUCGGGCUUUCUACCGCUGCCAGGCGACCAGGAUCAUGACAGGAGCAGGUAACAUCCUAAAGAAGCAUGCCGCUGACCAAGCCAAGAGAGCCACCCAGCAUGAUAUUUGCUCCGAGGUUUUGGUAAAUGAUUUUUCCUCCAAGGUUUUCUUUGACCCUGGUACCUACCAGUGUCUGGAGAACUGCGGCAGUGUAGCGCUGAACAUUGUGCGGCGUGGUGGAGACCUAACAAGCACAGUCUCAGUGGAUUACAGGACUGAAGAUGGCACAGCAAAUGCCGGCUCUGACUACCAGUUCACCGAAGGAACUAUUAUGUUCAAACCAGGCGAGACCGAAAAGGAAAUCCGGAUUGAUAUUAUUGAUGAUGAUAUUUUUGAGGAAGACGAGCAUUUCCUGAUUCACCUCAGCAAUGUGAAGGUCAUAUCAGAGGGCAGUGGCUCAGAUGAGUACGAGGCAAACCAUGUAGACACUCUCGCAGGUUUAGGCCUGCCGUGCUCGGCUAUCGUCACCAUCUUUGAUGACGACCACGCAGGGAUCUUUACGUUCGAGGAGCCAGUGGUGACCGUGAGUGAGAGCGUCGGGGUGCUGGAGGUGAAGGUGAUCCGGACCUCGGGGGCUCGCGGUGUUGUGGUGGUCCCUUACAAAACCAUGGAAGGGACGGCUAAAGGAGGUGGCGAGGACUUUGAGGACACACAUGGAGUCCUGGAGUUUGAGAAUGAUGAGAUCUUCAAAACUGUUCAGAUCAAUAUAAUUGAUGAUGAAGAAUAUGAGAAAAACAAGAACUUCUUCCUAGAGAUCGGCGAGCCUCGGCUGCUGGAGAUGAGUGAGAGGAAAGCUGUGUUGCUUCAAGAAGUCGGUGGAUUCAUCAAAACAGGCACAGACGUCUACAGGAAGGUCCAGGGACGAGACCACCCCGCCCCCUCCGCCAUCGUCAACAUCACAGACGAGGGGGGUGAGGAGGUUUUGACCAAGAAGGAGGAGGAGGAGAGGCGGAUCGCGGAGAUGGGCAGACCGAUGUUGGGUGAGCACAUCAAGCUGGAGGUCAUCAUAGAGGAGUCGUAUGAAUUCAAGAGCACCGUAGAUAAACUUCUGAAGAAGACCAACCUGGCGCUGGUAAUCGGGACAAACAGCUGGAGAGAGCAGUUUAUGGAAGCCAUCACAGUCAGCUCUGGUGAUGAUGACGAUGAUGAAUGUGGCGAGGAGAAGCUGCCCUCCUGUUUCGACUACGUCAUGCACUUCCUCACUGUCUUCUGGAAGCUGCUGUUUGCCUUCGUUCCUCCCACCGACUACUGGAACGGUUGGGCCUGCUUCGUCGUCUCUAUCUCUGUUAUCGGGAUGCUGACGGCGGUCAUCGGUGACCUGGCGUCGCAUUUUGGCUGCACCGUUGGCCUCAAAGACUCCGUCACUGCAGUGGUGUUCGUGGCUUUGGGCACAUCUGUACCAGACACCUUUGCCAGUAAGGUGGCAGCCAUCCAGGACCAAUACGCUGAUGCCUCCAUCGGCAACGUGACCGGAAGCAACGCUGUUAACGUCUUCCUGGGCAUCGGCGUGGCCUGGUCCAUUGCCGCCAUCUACCACUACUCCAAGGGCGAUGAGUUCCGGGUUGACCCAGGCACGCUGGCCUUCUCCGUCACACUCUUCACCAUCUUUGCCUUCAUCUGCAUCGCCGUCCUCAUCUACCGCCGCCGCCCGGAGAUUGGCGGGGAGCUCGGCGGGCCCAGAAUCCCUAAGAUCCUCACGACCUGCCUGUUCUUCAGCCUGUGGUUGAUGUACAUCGUCUUCUCCUCUCUGGAGGCCUACUGCCACAUAAAGGGGUUCUAAAAGGUUCUAACAGGUUCUGGAUGAACAGUUCCAAUAGAUUCCUGCAUAUUCUGACUCCUUUUCAUUUCUGUAAUUUGUCUAAAGCUUGUAACAGGUUGCUGGCAGUUGAUGGAUUCCUAAAAGGUCUAGAGGACACGUAACAGUUCUGUCAAGUUUUUGAAAUUCUGGAUGAACUCCUAAUAGUUCUAGUAGGUUUUCUGAGGAUUUGACCAAACACAGAUAAAAGAACUAUACAGAGAGCAGCAGAAUAUUUCUUUAUGUUCUGUAAAGGUCUACACAACUUGUACGUGUUUGUAACGAUCCCAACAGUUCCUGGAGGAUCCUACACCUUAUUGACAGUCCUGAUGCAUUCCUAAAAGUUCCCGUCAUUUUUGCAAAUCCAUAAAUUCCAUUAGAAGUUUGGCUAAACUUUUAAUGGUUCUGCUUCCUGAAUAUUCUGACAUGUGCACGUCUCUUUUGUCAUUUGUCUGAACGUUUUUUUUAGGUUCUUUAGAGGUCUAACAAGUACGAAGCGCGGGUCGAUUCCUGCAUAAUGUGACAUUCUCCUGUAAUUUAUUUGUCAAAAGGUUUUGAUAGAAGUCUAAAGGGCCGAUCACACAGAGAUUCAUUGCUACAGGAGCUUUUAAAACAUCUCGGCAAAGAGCUUCAGGGAUAAAACAGCUGGUGCAACUGUGGAGCGAGGCAUGGAUCAAAUAUGAUUAACAGGAACAAAAGUUGAUUGAAACAGCUGUUGAGCUCAAGAUAAGUAAACUCUAGCUUCAUUUUAAAAACGUUGAUAACUGAGUUUAUUUGGGUUUAACCCCCACUAGUGCUGCCCCUGACUAAAGAUUUUCCUAGUGGACUAGUCAUUGAGAGUUUCUGAUAUUACUGUAUUGAUUAUAAUCUGUUUAAUCUGUUAAAUGCAAGACUAAAUAUUUUGUUCAUUUAUUCCAACACAGAGUAACUUCACACAGUCUGGUUGUUUUAAACACGGAAUAAAUAACUUCCAACUUCACCGAAACAAAUCCUGGUGGACUGAACGAUACGAUGGAUGAUGAUGGAACGUUACCAGUUACUGAUUUAUUAACUGGUCUGAUGGAAAGUGCCUGCUGAGACUCUUCUAAGCAACUAAGAUUAAGUCAACUACCCCCCACUGCACCCCAGCCCACCUAUUUACUGGCUUAGUAAACAGCAUCAAAACCAGGAUAUAAGUUGGCCGUCUUUUAUGCUCGUCUAAAAACUGCUAGAAACUCACAGUGCAAGAGAGGAGCAUCGUAUGACAGGAAAACACUGCAUUGAAAACAAAGCAUUCUACGAUGUGUCUCUUGUGUGGUCGACCCCUGAGCCUUCUAACAGGUUUCUGAACUUUAUGAAGGCCUGGAUGAACUACUAAUAGUGUUUUUGAAAUACUCUACCUGUCAAGUUCUGUUAUUUUCUUUAAAGGUCUAUCAAACCACAGUAAACCAGACAACAAAAAUAUAUUCCAGUGCACACCAGGAUACUGUGGUUGACACUGAUUGGUUUCCUUCAAAACAAAACUAAACACAUCUGAUUUGGACAAUAUAGGAGUGGUUUGGGGGGUUAUUGAGGAUGCUGAAUCCUCCACACAAAUCAAUCCCAAGUGAUGGUGCUGGCAAUCAAUGUCUCUGUUUUGACUUUAUUACUUAAGUCAUUCAUCAUCAUCAUCAUCAUCAUCAUCAUCAUCAUCAUCACACAGCCCACAGGAUUUACUUAGUAGUAGUAGUGCCCCCUAAAGCUCCCAAAGGUUGCUGACGGACUCUUUGCGUUCUACUGAUGCAUUUCUAAAGGUUAUCGUGGAACCCUUCAGACUCCUGUAACGUCUUUACUCUGGCGUCCAUAUUGGACCGCUCUCUGCUUGCAGAGUGCCGGCAACAUCUGAGACUUCUUUGUCCUCACAUACCUCCCAAACAAUUAAAGACAUGGACCUGUAUCUUACUGUGUACCUUUAAGCGAUGUAUAACACAAACAGUUUGUCUUGUUCAUGUAGACUUGUUGUGAGAACCUGCAGGGCUUUUGAUGUUUCAGGCGACUGGAGCAGUUGUGUUGCACCUAAACGAAUAUCUGCACUGAGUUUGAAAAGUAGUUAAUUUUUUGUGUGUAGAAGGAUCCUGAGUUUGGUGUUCUGGUCUCUGCUGUUCUGACACCACAAACUCUUUAAAGCAUAGACUCUGCACUCAGAGCUGCUGCAGCAGUGGAUAGAUCAGUGUGUAUGUGUAAAGGAUACUGUGAUAUGAUUCCUAUUGAUGAUGUAAACAUGUAAAAAGAUCUGACAGAGUGCAGUGUCUUUCCUUCAAAUAUUAAAGUACAGUGAGUGAUA